GGCGCGGGGCACCAUGGUGGAGAAGCGGUGCCCGCGGCUGCAGCGGGACGGCGUGUACCGCUGGUUCUCCGAGCUGCCCUCCCCGCAGCGCGUGGAGUUCCUGUGCGGCCUCCUGGACCUGUGCAUCCCGCUGGAGCUGCGCUUCCUGGGCGCCUGCCUGGAGGACCUGGCCCGCAAGGAUUAUCACUCCCUGCGCGACUCCGAGAUCAAGGCCAACAACCCCGCCGACCUGGGCAGCCUCACCAACCUGACGGACGAGGUGGUGCGCAGCAAACUGCUGGUGUCCCUCGCCCUGCUGGGCUCUGCCCACCGCGAGGCCGCCGGGGUCCUGUUCCGCACCCUCACCCACAUCGACUCGGUCAUCAACAACUACGGGCUGCAGCUCAACGAGGGCCGCACGGGGGAUGAGUUCCUGUUGCUCUUCACCAUGGCAUCCAACCACCCGGCGUUCAGCUUCCACCAGAAGCAGGUGCUGAGGGAGGAGCUCACCCAGAUCCAGAGUCUCAUGGCCAGCACCAGCAAGAAUCCCAGCACCUCUACCCUCAACACCAUGGCAACCUAUCCUGGCUGCCAUAAGGUCACUCCAAGGUCUGAGACCCCCAUCAACAGUGUCAGUAACAGCUUGGAAAAUGUGCUCCACACAUCCACACAUUCCAUGGAGGAGUCACUACCCAAGAGGCCUUCAGGGAAACACUCCAAAGUGAGUGUUGAAAAAGUGGAAUUGAAGGGGCUGGCACACAAGAAGAAUGAAAGAAAUGUUGAGUAUUCCUUUGAGGUCCUGUGGUCUGAUUCUUCGGUGACGUUGGUAACCAAAUCUUCUGCUGAAGUGACUGAAUUCAUUUCAAAGCUGUCUCAGCUGUAUCCAGAAGAAAACUUGGAGAAAUUCAUUCCCUGCUUAGCUGGUCCAGAUUCCUUUUACCUGGAACGGAACCACAUGGACCUGGAAUCAGACCUGAGGUACCUGGCCCCGUUCCCUUCCCAUGUGGUGAAAAACGACCACGUCAGGAAGUUCUUCAGCACUUCAUCUCCCUCACAGCAACUUCAGAGCUCAAAUCCUGGCAACCCCUCCCUGUAUAAAGUAGGAACUACGCUGGGAACAUCUGGAAGACCUAUAUGUGGGGUGGCUGGAAUUCAGAGUUCCCAGAGCCACGUGCAGCACUCGGGCGCUGCCCCGGUGUCCCUGGCGCACUGCGCGCACUCCGGCGGCGCCGGCUCCGCGCUGGGCUACCGCUCCCAGCUGGAGAGCUCCUCCCCUGCCAUGCUGAUGUCUUCCAGCCCCCAAACCCCUCAGACGCAGGAGCAAAACGGGAUCCUGGACUGGCUCAGGAAGCUGCGCUUGCACAAGUAUUACCCCGUGUUCAAACAGCUCACCAUGGAGAAGUUUCUGAGUCUUACUGAGGAAGAUCUGAAUAAGUUUGAGUCCCUCACCAUGGGAGCAAAGAAGAAGCUCAAGACCCAGCUAGAGCUGGAGAAGGAGAAGUCAGAGAAACGGUGCCUAAACCCCUCCACACCUUCCUCAGUGACCAGCAGUGGGGUGGCCAGGGUUCCCCCCACCUCCCACGUGGGGCCCAUCCAGAGUCUCCGGGGCAACCACGCUGCAGAGCUGCGAGUGGACGUGGAUCAGGCAGCCCACCCUCUGCCCAGGGAGGGCAGCUCCUCCGAGUACUCCAGCUCCAGCUCCAGCCCCAUGGGGAUCCAGGCGCGGGAGGAGAGCUCGGACAGCGCCGAGGAGAACGAGAGACGCCUGGAGCUCCACCUGGACGCCUCGGACAAGGAGAAGCCGGUGAUGCUGCUGAACCAUUUCCCCUCGAGCUCUGCCAGGCCCACGGCCCAGGUGCUGCCCGUGCAGAACGACGCUGGCUCGGGCCCUGGCGGGCACCACGCGCUGCCCAUGCAGAUGCUGUCCCCGAGCCCCUCACACAUGGCCCCCAUCCGCAUGCUCGGCUCCGUGCACAAACCCGAGCGCGGCUCCGCCGACAUGAAGCUGCUCUCGUCCUCCGUGCACUCCCUCUUGUCUCUGGAGGAAAGGAAUAAAGUGUCUCCCGGCUCGAGGGGCAGCAUCAAGAUGGAGAAGGGCUUUGGGAACGCCGUGGUGGACGUCAUGUCCGCGUCCUCGCCGCACCAGCCCCUGCAGGUGCUGUCGGGGGGCGCCGAGAGCAGCUCCCCAACGUCCACCAUGAACUUUGGGCCUCGCACCAAAGUCGUCCACGCUUCCGCUCUGGACAGAGUGAUCAAACCGGCCCAGCAGCCAGGACUCAUAGUGGAGACGAGCACUGCUGCCACGGUGACGUCCAGCACAGUCUUCCACGUGGCUCGUCCGCCCAUCAAACUCCUGGUGUCGUCGUCUCUUCCCACCGACUCCGCCAUGGCCGGACAGACUUCCUGCUCCAGUAAUAUGCAAAUAACGGUGUCCCCUGCAAUAAUCAACCCCCGGACCGCUCUGUACACAGCCAACACCAAAGUUGCCUUUUCUGCCAUGAGCAGCGUGCCCGUGGCGCCCAUGCAGGGCAGCUUCUGCGCCAACAGCAACGCGGCCUCCUCCAGCAGCCACCCGUCCCCGUCCUUCACCACCAUGGCCAACCUGCCCAGCUGCCCCGCGCCCAGCUCCAGCCCCACGCUCCCCUCCGGCGCCGACAACAACUUCUACAGCAGCAGCAGCAGCAGCAGUAGCAGCAGCAGCAGCAGCGGCUCGGCCGGGAGCGUGCCCGUCCCCAACCAGAACCACCAUCACCACCACCACCAGCAGCCGCCGCCGCAGCCCCCUGGCUGCAUGGUGUGCAGCUCCUGCGGCUGCAGCGGCAACUGCGGCUCCAGCGGCAUGACCGUCAGCUACGCCAACUAUUUCCAGCACCCCUUUUCAGGACCUUCCAUGUUUACUUUCCCUUUCCUGCCCUUCAACCCCCUGUGUAGCAACGGCUACAUCAACACGCAGCAGUACAACAGCAGCACCACGUUCCCCGUGGUGCACACGGCCUACAACAGCGGCCUGGCCCCCGACUCCGUCAUGGCCGGCCAGUCCACCUUCGCCGUGCCCCCCAUGCAGAACUUUAUGGCGGGCACGGCCGGGGUGUACCAGGCACAGGGGAUGAUGGGCAACGGCAACGGGUCAAGCCACAAAAAGAACGGGAACCUCUCCUGUUACAACUGCGGGGCCAGCGGGCACAGAGCUCAGGACUGCAAACAGCCACCCAUGGAUUUCAAUCGGCAAGGUACGUUCAGGCUGAAGUACGCCCCUCCCUCGGAAAGCCUGGACUCCACAGACUGAGCUUCCCCAGCUGGCACCACGAUGCUGUAAAGCCAUGGAGAGCGACGGAGAUCGAACUGCAAAACUGAGACGUCCAGUUGCUGUUAAGCUUAAUGUAUUUUUUAAUCCAAAGGUGCUUUACUUUAUUAGACUAGGUAGAAAAUCUAGCUUAGGGGUGCAACCAACCCAGUUUUGAUUGCCAAAUUCAA